CUCUCAAGACCUCUGCAACUCUAGAUUCAUUCAAUCCCCCUCCCUACAGCAUUACUACACUUAUGCAAAAGUCAUGAUCAUCAAAUUGAAUGCUACUCCACGAUACAGGACCUGGUCUCCAGUUUUUACGUAAACUCAGUCCAUCAAAAUUUUCAAAACUUCUCCGCCCUUACAAUCGCCAACGAUCCUUCACAGUUCACCAGUAGCCCACCUGGCAGAACCAACAUUGGUACUCUUGCCCGUGAUUGCGAUGAGUGAAUAUGGCGAUGUAUGGGUCAUUUGCAGAAAUUUGAGCAUUGUGUGGAUUAUAAUGCGGACAAGUGGGACUGAAAAAGGGUCUUCAAAUUGUCAUAUGUGAGUGGCAAGCAGCACAGCAAGGAAAAAGAGACAAACAACAGCUGUACAGAGCACUACUAAGAGACCGCAAGCUUCGUCUAUCCUUCACAGCCACUCACGUAUCCGAAGGUCGCCGACCACCACCAGCCUGCCCCAGCUUCUCUGAGAUGCGGCCUUUUCGGAUUGGAUCGUUGUACUUCCUCCGCCGUUGCUCUACCCACGUUCAAGACCAAAUUUUGAAGCAAAGUUUGGUUGUAGGCUUGCCCAUCCGCGUGGGACACACUCUUGAUGCCGGCCGUGGUGUGUAUGCCAUUCGGAACAUAGCUCAUGGAGAGCUUAUUCAUACUGCUGAUCCCGUGGUGGCUCAUCCCUCCAUAGCAUCUCUGGACAAGGCGUGUUAUUUCUGUCUGAAAGGCUUGAAAAGAUCAGUGAGCUACGGUAGAUUGCCUGCUUCCGAAGGUUCACCCACCUACUGUGAUAGAACCUGUGAAGAAUCAGCUCAAAUGUUGUUCUAUGCCGCUGAGCGGCAAGUGGAUUGGUCAGAAUUUCAUGAUUAUUGCAGCACCUAUGGCGUUCGUUUCCCCUUAAUAGCGAAGCGGCUAGCUUGCAUGGUGGCAUCUUCCAGGACGUCUCCAAAAUCGCUCGACAUCCUGUCUCACGUCGACCUCUCACACGGUAUUCCUGACAAUUGGAUUACAGAGCGAAAGCUUCUCUUCAAAGCGAUCAGUUCAAAGGAAGCAAGGGGCCUGAACUUGGAAUUCUUGACGGACGACUGGUAUGCUGGAGUGCUCGCUAGAUUGCACAUAAAUGCAUUUCGCAUUGAGAGGAUAGAGGAAGCGGACUCUGAGGAUAUCCUUGCUGCCGCAGCAGCGUCAAUCAUGGGAGAGAGUAUUGUGGGUUCUGCUGUUUACAUUCUGCCCUCUAUGUACAACCAUAAUUGCGAUCCAAACGUGGACAUUCUUUGGCCUUCCAAUGCCACAGCAAACUUGGUGGCUCGUCGGAGCAUCAAAUCAGGUGAAGAACUGCACAUAACGUACAUUGAUUCUAGCAUGUCUCUAGACGAGAGGCGGAGCUUUCUGGAGCAACACUACGGUUUCACCUGUAGAUGUGCUCGUUGCAGAGAUGGAGACUGAAGAUAUACCAACAUCUGUUGGCUCUUGCUGGCGUUUCCAUAUCGUUUGUUUGCCACCAUUAGCUUACCAUCUUAGAUUCGAAGAUUGGUGUCUAACUUGGGAUGAUUAUUUUUAAAUUCAAACGUUAGUGUUCAUAGCAGCAAAGCGUGAUGCUUUAGACUUGGAGAUUCUAAAUUGCAGGAUAUAUAAGAGUAAACAAAAUUUUAUAUUUUCAUUUCUAACUUACUAAAGACUACCCCCCCUUUUUUUU